UUCUGUGUUAUAAGACGCCACAUCAACAGUAGACGAGAAAGUUGGCAACACUGUAUUUUAACCUCGCCGUAAUCAGAUAAAACCCUACUCAUCCACGAUAAUAAAAAUAAUGAAAUGAUAUCAUAGUGUGUUUAUUACCAAUCGUAAUGGCAUCCAGAAACAGAUCAAAAACGCUAUUUUUGCACCUUCUCUUCUACAUGGCCUCAACCUCAGCAGAAGAAACCUACGAAAAUUCAACCAACAUCUGUCAACGAUGCUCCUGCAACGACGCCCAAAUUUUCGAACUGGACUGCAGCAACCAAUCGUUAACAUUAAUGUUAGCAAACUGGCCAACCCAGAAACCCAUCAGAGCUACCUUCACAGGAAACAACUUCACUAAGCUCGAAAAACUCCCCCCCACUGAGUCUUCCGUGGAAAUCGUCCUCUCAAAAUGCAACAUCCAGUCUCUGGAUCCUGCCGUUUUUAAUACCGCUACUAAGACGAAAUUGGUGGAUUUGAGCUACAACCUUCUGGUUUCCGAGGAAGUGACUUCUGAUAAGUUUCGGGGACCAAUCAAGGACAGUCGAUCACAACCAAUAGGCAUCGAGGAUUUGAAUUUGGCCUAUAACCAAAUUCACUCUUUGAACAAAGACGUGUUCGAGUUCUUGCCGAAUUUGACAAGGUUGAAUUUGGAAGGGAACGACUUUAGAGUGUUGGAUGCUCAUACUCAGUUGGCUUUAGCGAACGUUCCAGGGCUCACGAGUCUCAAUUUGGCGAACAAUGAAUUGACGGACUUGAUUCCUGACGCUAUCGAGAAGCUAACGAAAUUAGUGGAGUUGGACUUGUCGAAGAACGAUUUGGAUUUUGUUCCUUACAGUUUGGAGGAGGUGGGGACGAGUCUCGAAGUGCUGAUUGUGGAUGAUAACCCGAUUUUUGAAAUGACGGAAAAGACAUUUUCGAAACUGCCCAACAUCGUCGAAAUCUCCGCUAACAACCUCACCCUACUCACCCGGAUCAACGCGAGCACGUUUGCCUCAAACCUCAAACUAACCAAAUUGAGUUUGCGCAACAACACCGCUCUUCACGCCAUCGAUCCGGCCGCCUUCUCCCCUCAAUCAACUCUCAAAGAGCUCCACCUAGACAACGCGAACCUCACCGAUCUCCCUGUCGGUCUUCUCAACUGGACAUCGCUUGACAGCCUCACUUUACACGGCACGAACCUCACGUGCACCUGCGACCUCCACCACAUCUUCGCCGCCACCCCCAACGAAGACCCGCCCACCUGUGCAGACCCCUCGUCUCCUGCACGCCACCACAUCCCGCUCACCAGCGACGUCUGCGAGGUCAAACAGAUCGUCCGGAUUCGCUACCAGCACAUUUCCAUACCUCUCGCCGGGUUGAUCGUGACCCUGUUCGUCGCCAUCUUGGCGGCCAUUGCGAUGGCGUACAGCAGGUAUAGGAGGUUCGUGCAGCAGAGCAGGCAGACACCGUUUGCGUCACAGGUGAUGUACAGCCCGCUGUUGGCCGCGUACUCGAGAUAGAGAAAGUGAUUUACUAACCUCUGUUGUGCCCGCCAACUGUUUCGUAUACGCGAGGAAUUGGUUGAGGAGGUCUUCGGCUUUCCGGGCGACCUCUCUGAACUUGUAUAGGGCUUCGAGCUGCUCGCUGCAUUUCACGCAGAUGACGCGAGGCAGAGGGUCGCUGUUGGCAACCUGGAAAAGAGGGACGUGUUAGUGACUUUUGUGUGGUAUUGAUGUUUUGUGAUUUAUUUAUCUUAUUGUUGUUGUUGUUGUUGUUAUUGUUGCUAUGUUAGAAAUAAUGUGUUAAGAAGUCGAAAACUAUAGGGUAGAAAUCGUCGCAUGACAUUGUUGUGAUCUAGUAAUCGUGUAUUAAUGCAUCAGUACCUAACUAUACCUAAUUGUAUUAAGAAUUAUAAAGCUAAUACUAGUAA